AUGACAAAUUUCUCUCAUAUUGUAAAAUUAAUCAAAUCUUGGUGGCGUGUAUUAGUUAUUUGUCUUACUCCACUCAUACUACUUCCAAUACCACUUGUUAUUCAAACAAUUCAAGCACGAUGUGCGUAUAUUGUACUAUUGCUUACAGUUUAUUGGGUAUCCGAAGCAAUGCCCUAUGCUGUGACUUCUUUGUUACCACUUGCUUUCUUUCCCUUAGCUGGCAUCUUAACUGGUGAUGUAGUAGGCUUGAACUAUUUCAAAGAUAUUACAACAAUGUUUGUCGGCAUUAUGAUUUUAGCUUAUGCUAUGGAACAUGUUGGUUUACAUCGACGAUUGGCAUUAUUAGUACUAAGAUAUGUUGGUUCUUCGGUUAUUUGGAGUAUGGCAGGAUUGAUGGUCGUAACUGCUUUUCUAAGUAUGUGGAUUAAUAAUUCAGCUUCGGCUAAUAUAAUGAUACCAACAGUAGUAGCUAUUGUUGAUGAAUUACAAAACUAUGAAAAAUCAACAAAAAAAACUGCUUCAACUACUGGAAAUGAUAAUUAUCAAAGUGUUACAGAUGAUAUUGUCGAAAGCAAGAGUGAUUUGAAUGAACAAUCAACAGGAAAUUCCUUUGUACUCGAUAAGAUCGUUGUUGUUUCGAAUAGUAUAUCGUCAGGGACGACAUCACAUAGCAAUCAGACUAAAAAUAUCGCACAAACUUCAUCUACAAAUCAAGUCAAUUAUGAACAAGUUAAAAUUGGUUUUCUCAUUGCUGUGGCCUUCAGUGCAGCCAUUGGUGGUAUGAUGACAUUAGUUGGAACGGGUCCAAAUAUUUUUGUCAAAGGAUUUGCUGAUCAAUACUACUCUAGUGGAAGUAUUAUACUUCAAAUAUCAUUUGCUAAUUUUCUUCUAUGGGGUUUACCAAUUGGUAUCAUUAUGCUUGUUCUUUGUUGGUUAUGGCUUCAGAUUGUAUAUAAUCGUAAAGGAUUAUUCCGAUGCAAAAGAUCGAAUGCGAAUGAGACUGAAUCUCGAAGAGAUUUACAAACUCUUCUCAAACAACAGUAUAAAGACUUAGGUCCAGUGAGUUGGCAAGAAGGUACUGUUUCUGUUCUAUUCGUCAUCGUAGUCCUUCUUUGGAUAACACGUGAUUUUUCAAGUGUUCGUGGAUGGGAUGCUUUAUUUCGACCAAAUUACGUAACAGAUGGCACGACUGCGAUACUGAUUGGUUGUAUUCCAUUGAUUUUUCCCAAUAAGAAUCCAUUUCAUAAUGACUGGGAAUAUCAUCCUAUUCUUACAUGGGAUUUAUUAUCAAAAUCAUUUCCUUGGGGUGUAUUCAUGUUACAAGGUGCAGGUUUAGCAAUUGCACAGGCUUUUCAAGUAUCAGAUUUAUCAAGUACUAUUGCUGCUUUUCUUCAUUUUAUCGUUGGUGCACCACAAACAGCCAUCAUUUUUUUUGUUAUUUUAAUUAGUGCUAUCUUUACUGAAUUUACAAGUAAUCUUGCUGUUGCUACAAUAUUGUUUCCAAUUUUAGAUAGUAUUGCGCGAACUGCAAAUAUGCAUCCAGCCUAUCUUAUUUUACCAUGUUGUAUGUCUGUUUCAUUAGCGUUUAUGUUACCCAUUGCUACUCCACCUAAUGCAAUGAUAUUUGUAAGUGGUAAUAUGAAAACUAAAGAUUUAAUUAAAGCCGGUAUUGGUGCGAAAAUUAUUGGUAUUCUUGUCAUUUUUUUCGCCUCAAUAGUCUUACUAUCACCUAUAUUUCAUGUUCAUGCAUUAACCACGAAUCUCUCAAAUAGCACAUUAACAGGAAAUAUUACAAGUGGCUAA